AUGCCGUCAAAUGGCAAGGAAGCCUUUUUCACAAUGGAAGACGCAAAGACGUCCUUCAACCUCUUUUGCUGCGUGUGCGGUAUCGGUUCACUGGCCAUGCCUUCAAACUACGCUCGUGCCGGUCCGAUUUACGCGUCUAUCGCUCUAGCAUUCAUGGUCUUUGCCAACACGUACGCCACCCUCAAGCUGUCCAAAGUGAUGCUGGUGGCACCGUCAUCCGUGCGAACGUACGGUGACCUGGGUGAAUGGACCCUGGGUAAAUGGGGCCGUCUUUUGACGGUGCUAUCUCAGAUGGGCGUAUGUGUACUGGUGCCGAUCGCCUUUCUCGUGCUGGGUAGCACCUUAUUGGACGUGCUGUUCCCAAAUUCGUUCAGCCAGACUUACUGGAUCAUAUUCAUGGCGCUCAUGGUUGCUCCCGUGUGCCUGACCCCAACGCUGAAAGAGGGUGCCGGUAUGGCCUUCGCUGGUUGCAUGGGUACCGUCAUCGCCGACAUAAUCACCGUGAUUCUGCUGCAGUGGAACAUGCGCGGCCACGACUCGAUACCUAAGCCGGAUGUAACACUACACCAGGUGCUGACAUGCUUCGGUAAUCUGGCUCUAGCUUAUGGUGCUGCCAUUGUGGUGCCCGACUUGCAGCGCGAGCAUUCACAGCCGCAGCGCAUGCCGCGUGUGGUGGUGAUCACGAUUUUGUUCAUCUCUGUUUUCUUCAUCGUGAUCGCUCUGGCUGGCUACACGGCCGGUGGCUGCCAGUUGUCGGGCAACAUCCUGUACUCGAUUGUGAGCACGUCGGACCCGCUUGGUCUGGCUCCACUGGGCUUCCGUGCCGACCGAGGUGCUGUGGUGAUGGCGUAUCUGUUCAUGCAGAUUCACAUUUCGAUCGCUUUUUCGACACUGCUGAUGCCUCCUUUCUUCAUGGCAGAGCGUUUGAUUUUGGGCAUGCACAAGAGUCCUGAGAUCGUUCCGUUUGACGGUGAGCUAGACCAGAUAAACCUGGACCUUGACAUGGAGAAGAAGCAAUCGUACAUGCAGAGCUCAACGCCAAAGGAUGCGGUAAAACGUCAGGUGUCCGCCGCCAGUAUGGUUGAGAAGGAAGAGGGACGUAUGUCGCACUUGCGCGUUUCCCUCGAGUUUAAUGAAGAGAUCUCGGAGGUGAAGCUUAGCGAGCCGUACCGUAACAACCCAAUGAGCUACAUCGUUUUGCGUCUGGCGAUCGUUGCUGUCCUGGUGGUCAUUGCCGUGCUGGCUCGAAAGCGGUUUAUUGACCUACAGGACUUCACGGGCGCUACAGCCCACACGACAAGCUGCCUACUGUUGCCGUUAAUCAUUUACAUGCGUGUGUUCUGGAAGACCAUGCCAGUUUGGGACAAGUGCGCAUCGAUGCUGGUGAUUGUGGUGUGCGCCUCCUCUGGCUUCUACGUGAUGGUACACGCCGGUAAGCACCUGUUUGCGCCGUCUGACGAUGACACACUGUUCCCCUACUGCACAAGCGAGUUCCAGGACGAGCCGUACUAUAUCCGCAUCAACAGCACCAACUAA